CUGAGGAUGGUUGCCCGAAUUAUGGCAGUAUCUGCAGGGCGGCGGGCCAUGGAAAUGGAAAUAGGGCUUUAACUACGCUAUAUUAGUUCAGUUUUUAUGAUUGGCAACACUAUUUUGGCAAAUUGUUUGUUUACAGUUGAAUUGAAAUUUAUGAAACGCCUAUAUCUGAAAAUAUAAAUAAAUCUUUUAUCUCAUAAAAUAUCAUUCUUUUUCAUCAGUCAGAGUAAUUAAUAUCAAACGUAAGUCUCGCAUACCUGGAUAAAACUGUGUUUGAAAUGCUGUCAUAGCGGCAUGGCUAAUACCGAAUUAAUGGAGGAAAUGUUUUUCAAAUUAUUUAUUAAAUGCCCAAAGGAUAAGUUGAAAAUGUUGAUUCAUCAUUUAAUUGAUGUUUUUUGCGGCCAGAAAGGAGUUCUUUACGAAUCUUUUUCCCAUGUAUGGACUUUACUUGAGUGGUGGGAUUUAAUACGUGGAAGUGAGAAAAUUUUUCUCAUGUAUUACAGCACAUCAGAAAAACUCCCAGAGUUUUCCUCUCUGCCUCAAGAAUUUCAGCUUGCUUUGAAUAAUUGUUUAAGCAUAAGAUCUCUUGAUAUAAAAAAUAGACUUAUUGAAAGGACUCAUGAAAUUUCACCAGCCUAUCUGCAUAAUUUUGAUUGGAAACUAAAGCUAACUCUUUCCAGUGACAAAAUGGCUCAAAUUAAUGAACCUCGUUUGUUGCUAAAUCUGGAUAUUUCUGGUGAAAGAGAAAAGUCUUUGUCUUUAGAUUUAUCAAAAGAGGAAUUAAAAAUGCUCAUUGAAUCGAUGGAGAAAGCGAACAAAGUAUUGCAAGAUUUUAUCAUUAAUGAUUAAAUGACAAAGCUUGGAGAUUAGAAAAAGGGAAAAAAAGAAAAAAGAUAUACUGUUAUCCUUGUUGAAACUUACAUUAAUAAAAGAUUGUUAUGACAA